ACGCUGAAGGCGCACGGUGGCGCGGCGGGGGAGCGCGGUGGAGCUGGAAUCAGCCGGGAGCGAUCAUGUGAAGGUGGAAUCCGAGUGAGCCGCGCCGUAUUGUCACUGGCCUCUCCCACCCUGAAAGCUGCCCCAGUCUGGAUCCUAAAUCUAAUUACGGGAAUUAUCCACGCUGCCGUGUAUUUACACACGUUGAUGUGCCUGUGUCCACCUCCUCGGUAAUUGGCUGGAAGCGGUGUUGCUGAGAGCGAGCAGGGAGCAUCAUUUUGCGUUUGUUGGAUGUUCAUUUUUUUAAUCACUGAAAUUUGGGAGAAGUAAAGUGGCCCGUGAAGAUCCCCCCUCGCGCUUGAUGGGAUUAUUUUUUGACGAAGCCGCUUUGUUUUGGAUGAGAACACAUUGGGCAUCAUGAGUUCCAGUGCAGCUUAUCACCAAGGCUCAAGCAGUGAGCGGAGCUCUGGACCAAUCCGAUGCCAGCGAUGUCGAGAAGUAUGCAAAGGAGAGGUCGUCCGAGUGCAAGAGACCCACUUUCAUGUCAAGUGCUUCACGUGCACCGUGUGUAACUGUGACUUGGCGCGAUCCGGCUUCUUCCAGAAGAAGGGCGAGUACAUCUGCACGGCGGACUAUCAGCGCCUGUACGGCACGCGCUGCGACCGCUGCGACAGCUUCAUCACGGGCGAGGUGGUCUCUGCCCUGGGACGCACCUACCACCCCAAGUGCUUUGUCUGCAGUGUCUGCAGUAAACCCUUUCCAAUUGGAGACAGGGUGACGUUCAGCGAGGACUGCGUGUGCCAGCAGUGCUCCCACACACUUGUCAAGUCGAAUGAACCGAUCAAGAUCCACGGGCCGAGCCACUGCGCCGGGUGGGAGCCGAUCAAACAGGGUCAGUCUCUCCUGGCGCUGGAGAAACAGUGGCACGUCAGCUGCUUCAGGUGUCGGACCUGCAACAUGGUCCUCACUGGAGAGUACAUCAGCAAAGAUGGAGUGCCGUACUGCGAGGCAGAUUACCACGCCCAGUACGGUAACCUGAGCAGCUGGGGAGUAUUGGUAUUGGUUAAAGAUGCAGCUCGGCUACAAGUAGGAGUCAUGCAGCGCAUCGGCAGCUCUCCCAGAGAGCUCAGUCGCGGGGGGAAGCACUACCACCCGACCUGUGCUCGGUGCGCUCGCUGCAACAUGAUGUUCAAAGAGGGGGAGGAGAUGUACCUGACAGGUUGUGAGGUGUGGCACCCAUUAUGCAAGCAGGCGAGGGCGGAGCGGCGACUCAGGCACAGACGCCUGUCAGAGGCCUCCAUCUCUCCACCUGGCUCCUCCAUCGGCUCUCCCAGUAGAGUUAUUUGUGCCAGAGUGGAGAAUGAGAUCCUAGAUUAUAAGGACCUAGCUGCCCUGCCAAAGGUCAAGGCCAUAUAUGAGGUCCAACAGCCAGACCUCAUAUGCUCCUCAUACCAGCCGUACCUCAGAUACACGUCUGAUGACAGGCUAGACACUUACAGCUAUGGGGAGUCGCUUGGGACACUCUCUCCAUAUUCUCAGGACUAUGACAGCCUGGAUACGAAGCAGAGACGGUGCUCCAGCCCAGGUUACAUUGACUCGCCGACGUUCAGUCGCCAAGGCAUGUCACCCAUCAUGCCUCGCUCUCCGCAGCACUACGUCUACCCCGGCUCUGAAAGUGGCAGGAGCUCUCCAUAUUACGGCCAAGAAGGGCGGUCAAGCACACCCACCACAAACCAGCCCCCUAAACAUUUUCAUGUACCAGCCACAGGGGACCCCAACAUCUACAGGAAGCCUCCCAUCUAUAGGAGAACGGGUACAGUGCAGUUAGCCUCGCCUUAGCCUGCCUGUCCUCCUGUCACAGUGUAGUCACGCCGUGUUUGGUACUUGAUUUAGAUGUUUCGACCGACCUAUUGACGUUCCGCAACCUCUCAUAAUUUAGCAUUGAUUGUUAUUGAUGUUCUAGCUGGUUUUGAAGC